AAUUUGUUUCCUUAUUUCUUUGAGCCGUAGACUUCCUAUGCAUCUAGGGAUGUCAUAUAGUUGAUUAGAAAGUGGAGUUCAGUGGGUGCAGAGCUGCAAGAUCAUAUUCUUCCUCCUGUCCAUGAUGUAUCGGACAGUAGGAUUUGGCACCCGAAGUAGAAAUCUGAAGCCAUGGAUGAUUGCCCUUCUCAUUGUGUUAUCCCUGACAGUGGUGGCGGUGACCAUAGGUCUCCUGGUUCACUUCCUAGUAUUUGACCAAAAAAUGGAGUACUAUCGUGGCUCCUUUAAAAUUUUAGUUCCACAAAUCAAUAACAAUUUUGGACAAAGCAACACAUACCAACCUAAGGACUUACGAGAGACGACCGAAAAUUUGGUGGAUGAGAUAUUUAUAAAUUCUGCCUUGAAGAAGCACUAUAUCAAGAACCAAGUAGUCAGACUGACUCCAGAGAAAGAUGGUGUGAAAGCAGAUAUCAUUAUGGUGUUCCAGUUUCCUUCUACUGAGCAAAGAGCAGUAAAAGAGAAUAAAAUCCAAAGCAUCUUAAACCAGAAGAUAAGGAAUUUAAGAGCCUUGCCGAUAAAUGUCUCAUCAGUUCAUGUUAAUGCAAUGAGCUCAUCAGCAGGGGAGUCAACUGUCCAAGCAAGUUGUGGUAAACGAGUUGUUCCAUUAAAAGUCAACAGAAUAGCAUCUGGAGAUGUUGCACCCAAGGCAGCCUGGCCUUGGCAAGCUUCUCUUCAGUAUGAUAACAUCCAUCAGUGUGGGGCCACCUUGAUUAGUAAUACAUGGCUUGUCACUGCAGCACACUGCUUCCAGAAGUAUAAAAAUCCAUAUCAAUGGACUGUUAGUUUUGGAACAAAAAUUAACUCUCCCUUAAUAAAAAGAAAUGUCAAAAGAUUUAUAAUCCAUGAGAAGUAUCACUCCACAGCAAGAGAGUAUGACAUUGCUGUUGUGCAGAUCUCUUCCAGAGUCACCUUUUCGGAUGACAUACGCCGGAUUUGUUUGCCAGAAGCCUCUGCAUACUUCCAACCAAAUUUGACUGUCUACAUCACAGGAUUUGGAGCACUUUACUAUGGUGGGCCAUCUCAAAAUGAACUUCGAGAAGCCAAAGUGAAAAUCAUAGGUGAUGAUGUCUGUAAGCAACCACAGGUGUAUGGCAAUGAUAUAAAACCUGGAAUGUUCUGUGCUGGAUACAUGGAAGGAAUUUAUGAUGCCUGCAGGGGUGAUUCUGGGGGACCUUUAGUCACAAGAGAUCUGAAAGAUACCUGGUAUCUUAUUGGAAUUGUGAGCUGGGGAGAUAACUGUGGUCAAAAGGACAAGCCUGGAGUCUACACACAAGUGACUUAUUAUCGAAACUGGAUUGCUUCAAAAACAGGCCUCUAAUUCACCAUAAAAGUUAAAACAAGGAGAGCUGUAUGCAGGUCAUAUAUGCAUGAGAAUCCAACUAUUUAGUGGGUGUAGUACAACAAAGUGAUAUUAAAUUACUGGAUCUGGCAACAUAAAACACAACAUAACUUAUUUAGAAUCACUUUAAUCAACCAAUAAUCCUUAGCCAAUUUAUAAGGGACUUUUAUUUGUAAAGUAAUGGAUCUGUUUAGCCUGGGUUGAAAAAUACAGUAGAGAUACUUAGCUCUUUAAAUCACAAAUGUUGAAGUACAAAUGAGACUCAAUACAAAUUUUUGAAGAUAGUCCAUGAGAUUUUUAGAAUGUCUUUGUCAAGGGUCUCCUUUUAACUGAGAAAUUUUUGAACGGACAAAAAGUUCAGGAAACCCUUGCAUAAUUCCCUACAUUUCUCUAGACCUCACAAAUACAUUUUUUUUCCUUAUUCAAUCAGAUUUUCCAAAGCACUUUUCCGUCAUAAGAAAUGAAUUUUCUACUUCUAAACCCUUUUGAGGGAUACCAAUAAAAGAAAGUCAUAUGUAGGAAAUGAAGUCUGAUUGUAAAACAAGCCAGAGAUCCUCUAACCUUUUUUAAGUUAUAAAACCUCUAAUUUUUUAGUGACUUCUCUAUACACACAUGCGCAUGCACGCGCGCACACACAC